AUGCCGUCCGAGCACGAGGGCGAGUCCCCCAAGGGGCUGGCGGUCGACGAGUCCUUUUCCGACCGAACUUCGGCAACGGCACCGCACGGCAAGGAGAAGGCGCCAUGGUGGUCCUACAUUUGGGACUACGAGCCGGGUCGCUCCCACGAGGAGCGCGUCUUCAUUCAGAAAUUGGAUAUCUUCCUGAUCACGAUGCUCAGUUUCGGGUAUUUCAUCAAGAAUCUGGACCAGACCAACAUCAGCAACGCUUUCGUGUCCGGCAUGAAGGAGGACCUGGCCAUGAACGGAAAUGAGCUGAACCUGGUCGACACGGCGUGGACUGUGGGUUACGUCGUGGGACAAAUCCCUUCACAGAUUGUGUUGACAAAGGUGCGCCCGUCGAUCUGGGUGCCGUCUUGCGAGCUUCUGUGGACGGUUUUGACGUUUUGUCUGGCGGCGGCCAAGACUUCGAAUCACGUCAUUGUGAUUCGGUUCUUCGUGGGUUUGGCGGAGUCGAUCUUUUACCCAGCCGCGCACACGAUUCUGGGCUCGUGGUAUAAGCCGUCUGAGUUGGGCAAGAGGGCAUGUAUUUUUCAUGCUUCCUCCGCGGCAGCAAGCAUGUUCUCGGGUUAUCUGCAGGCUGGCGUGUACAAGGGGCUGAAUGGCGUCCAUGGUCUCACGGGCUGGAAGUGGCUUUUUGACCGAGAGAUGGCACGAAACCGUAUGAAUGCCGUCGGGCGUGCGCCUCGUACUAAGCUUGGCCUUUCAGCCUUCAAGCGCAUCUUCGGUCGAUGGCACGUGUACUACCUCACGAUUCUGUACAUCAUCUUCAUCAACAUUGGACCUUCCAGCAGUGUCAACCCGUUCUCACUCUGGCUCAAAUCCAAGGGAGAGUCUGUCGAGAAGAUCAACAUCAUCCCCACGGCAGCCUCAGCGAUCCAACUCGUCCUGACUGUCUCCUUCGCAAUUAUCUCCGACGCCAUUCGUCACCGCGCCAGUAUAAUGUCGAUAUCCACCUUUCUCGGAGGUUUCGCUGCUCUGCUGUUGGCAAUUUGGAACAUCCCAGAUGGCCUGAAAUGGUUCGCCUUCUUACUUCAGCGUGCUUCCGUGCCAUACGGUCCACUGAGCAUGAGUUGGGCAAACGAAAUCUGCGGCGCCGAUGCGGAGGAAAGAGCCAUCGUUAUUGGAAUCAUGAACUCAUUGGGCUAUGCUUUCAAUGCGUGGGUGCCGCUCUUGACGUACCCUCAGGUUGACGCGCCCAAGUUCAGGAAGGGCUUUAUUUUCAGCACCAUUGCGUUUGGAGCGCAGGCAGCUAUCACGGCCACCGUGGCGUACCUGUUCAAGAGGGAGAAAAAGAAGACGAAGAGUGAGAGGGAUGAAGAAGGAACGGAGGCAACCGGAGAUAGGCGUUUGGAAUAG